UAACAAAGGAAAGGCUCUCGCGGAGAGAGAUACUAUUCUUGCUGCCAAAGAGGCUGCUGUGGCAGAGAAGGAGGCCGCCCUAAAGGAGAAGGAAGCGGUGCUCGAGCAAGAGCGGGUUGCUCGGGCUGAGGCGGAGAAGGCUCGAGCUGAUGCCGAGAAGGCUCGAGCAGAGGCGGAGAAGGCUCGGGCUGAAGCCGAGAAGGCUCGGGUUGAGUUGGAGGCAAUUUUGGCCAAAAAAAGGGCUGCCCAUGCCGACGAUAAGCAACGCUAUGCAAAUGCCACUGCUCUUCGAGCAAGGCAGAUGCUUUGGGCGACCACAACGGGGCAGCUCUUCCUCCGCGAGCAUCGUGCACAAGUGGUGGCUGACUUCAUGCAGUCACCACAAUACUUAAAGGAGUUGCAAGAUUUCGGGGUAGACUGCUUUCAGUUUGCCCUGCAAAAGGCCGGGGAGCAGAUCGCUGAAGAUGAUUUCGAGCAGCUCGACCCCUUAGCUAUCUGGGAUGCUUUGCCCAAGGUACCCUCGAGCUUCUCGGGGGACCCUUCCUUGCCGGCGGAGCAUGAAUGGUGGUCGGGCCAGCUCGAAAGAACCCUAGGCCGAUCAGAGACUUUAAAGAAGACCUUCGCUUUACCCGAUGAUACUACUCCUCCAGCUGCCAUGUUGGUCGCACUGGCUGAAUCUGUUCGACAAC